AUGGAGGAAGAAAAGGCUAGAGAGUAUCAAGAUUUAGUGAAAUUAUUCAGCAAGGUUGAAGUGAAUGUGCCUCUGCUAACCAUGAUCAAACAAAUUUCGAAAUAUGCCAAAUUCCUCAAGGAUCUUUGUGUGCACAAGAAGAAACUAAAGGGAAAUGAAUUGAUCAGUAUGGGGAAAAAUGUCUCAGCAUUACUUCAGCCAGUUCCUCAGAAAUGUGAAGAUCCAGGAGUUUUCACAGUUCCUUGUAUUAUAGGAGAUUGUAUUUUUGAUGAUUCAAUGUUAGAUCUUGGAGAUUCUAUAAAUGUGAUGCUGAAAUCAGUUUUUCAAUCAUUAAGAAUUGGGCCUCUGCAACCCACAGGUGUAGUGAUUCAGUUGGCUAAUAGAAGUCAAGCACAUCCAGCUAGGGUGAUUGAGAAUGUAUUGGUAAAAGUGAGGGAGUUAAUUUUUCCUGCAGAUUUCUACAUCUUAGAUAUGAAGGGUGAUGUGCUUGCAAACAGGUCUCCACUUAUUCUUGGACGUCCUUUCCGGAAGACUGCGAGAACAAAGAUUGAUGUACAUGCGAGAACUCUUUCCAUGGAGAUAGGAGACAUAGUGGUUCGGUUCAGCAUUUUUGAGGCUAUGAAACAUCCAAGAGAGGAUCAUUCUAUACUUAGCUUGGAUAUCUCAGAGGAGCUGGAUGACAUGGAUUUCUUGUCGGAUAUUGACUUAGAUUUAGAUGUUACUGAUUUUAGUCAUGGGAAUGAAUUUGUUUCAUUGUUGGAGGAUAUCUCAGGUAUGGGAGUGAAUGUUAGAGAAGAAGAAGUAUGCGUAGGGGAUUGCUUAGGAGAAGCAUUACCCCUAGAAUCGUUCAGAGAAGAAGAAGUAUGUGUAGGGGAGUGCUCAGCAGCAUUACCCCUAGGAUCACCUACUAUUGAUCAGACGCAGGAUGAGUUGAAGACAUUGCCUCAACAUUUGAAAUAUGCUUACUUGGGAGAGAAUCAGAUUUAUUUGGAGGAGGAUGUGAAACCAGUGAGACAGCCACAAAGACAACUGAACCCUUUGAUCUUGGACAUGGUAAAGAAGGAGGUGACUAGACUGUUACAGGCAGACAUUAUUUAUCCGAUUUCUGAUAGUAAAUGGGAUGUUCAAGCUUUUCUUGGCCAUGCAGGAUUCUACAGGAGAUUUAUUAGGGGCUUCAGUAAGAUUGCUCUGCCAUUAUCUCAAUUGCUUCAGAAGGAUGUUAUUGUUGGAUCGUGA